AUGUUGCGGAAGAAAGACAACUUCACCGUUAUCACGCCCAUUCCGCCCCAUAUCCCUCGCCAGUUGGCCAUUGACAUCCUCCACUCGCACUCCGAGGUCAUCACCUUAAACCCGCUCGUUCUCGAGCACCACCCCAUUCCGGCGCCGCAAAAUGCGGAGACGGACGAGUAUUACUCUACUUGGUAUGAAAUCACGGAGCGGAUUCAGUUCCUGCCCGGCAUUGGGAAGAUGGGUGCUUCGACCAUCAAGUUCAAUGGCUGUUUCCACGACAUGCCAUGGGGAUUGCAAACCCACAUCUAUGCGCCGAUGAACGUGGACGUGCGCCAUACCUAUCGCAUCGCCGGCAACCAGCCCGGUGUUGAACCGCCAGAGGUCCCGGAGAUUGGCCUGAAGGCGCUCGGCGUCCCCUCGGACGGGCUGUAUCUGCGCUCGGAUAUCGAGAUCAAGUGCAACGUCACGGUGCUCAGCUUCGUGAGGUCCCAGCUGAAAAAGUCCGGUGGCGAGAUGGUGAAUCGCAUCAUCAAGAAGGCCGAACUGCUAGACGCGGGCGUGCUUCAGGCAAUGAUCGAAGAUGGGAAACUCAAGACAGUGAACCCUGCCGAUCGAAGCCAGUCGGUCAAAUCACCGCUCCCGUCUCCCACGAGUCUGCAAUACUCUCCUUCGGUCAGGGGCUCGCCGCCUAUGGGGUCUCCCCCGAUAGGCUCUCCUCCAACCCCGUAUCAAGUCCCUCGCGUGCAGUCUAUGUACUCGGGAUAUUACCGGCCCGGUACUGCUGGAUCGCAGGGCAACGGCGGGUACAACCCUCAUGCUCCUCGCCUGCAGGGCUUUCAGGCACCCGACGCACCUCAGGAGCUCCCAGCCGCAGAAGCAAAUCCGCCGAGCCAAGCUCUCAUCGAAAUGCCAGGUGACUUCUACCACGCGUCCCCCGACCUACAGCCAGGCAGACAGUCCCCCCAGCAACCCCACCAGUCUUCGCCUCACCAGGGCCACCGAGAUUCAGUCAUCGAUCCGGCUCGGCUUCCCAACACAAGCCCAAACCCGUCGGUUGCUGGGCAGUGGACAACUCCAGGCUCACGCCCGGUCUCAGCCUCCCCAGGCCUCGGGCUGCGAGGCUUUGACAACAAAGUCUUCCCAGCCCCGUUAGCGCCGCAUCGCGAAGCCCAAGACGAGGUGAAGUCCGCCCCUAGUAGCCCUCAGCCGCCGAAAUAUGUUCCGUACAACCCGGCCGAUUACGCCACGACGCCACCAGGGCAACCUCGUUAUGGACAUGGACAUUUAGGUCAGGGGUACAGUAAUGUGCAUUAA